GCGCCGAGGGAGCGCAUGGCGGCGGUGGGGCCGCGGACGGACCCCCGCGCCGGGGCCGAGGCGCUGGCCCUGGCCGCGGAACUGCAGAGCGAGACCACCUGCUCCAUAUGCCUGGAGCUGUUCCGCGAGCCGGUGUCCGUCGAGUGCGGUCACAGUUUCUGCCGCUCCUGCAUCGCGCGCUGCUGGGAGCGCCCCGGCGUGGGAGCUCCCGCGGCGUCCCGCGCGCUGCCCGGCCCGCUGCCCUGCCCGCAGUGCCGAGAGCCCCUGCGUCCCGGCCAGCUGCGGCCCAACCGGCAGCUGGCCUCGGUGGCCACGCUGCUGCGGCGCUUCAGUCUUCCGGCGGCCGCGCUGGGGGAGCGCCGGCCCGCGCAGGCGGCGGCGGCCGGGUGCGUCCAGCACGGCGAACCGCUCAAGCUCUACUGCCAGGACGACGGGCGCGCCAUAUGCGUGGUGUGCGACCGCGCCCGCGAACACCGCGCGCACGCAGUGCUGCCGCUGGACGAGGCUGUGCAGGAAGCGAAGGAGCUCCUAGAGUCCAGGCUGAAGGUCUUGAAGAAGGAUCUGGAGGACUAUGAGGUGUUUCGUUCCACGGAAGAGAAGGAGAGCAAGGAGCUUCUGAAGCAGAUGGCAGCUGAGAGAGAAAAGGUGAGCGCAGAGUUCCAGGCACUGCGGGCCUUCCUGGUGGAGCAGGAGGGCAGGCUCUUGGGCCGUCUGGAGGAGCUGUCCCGGGAGGUGACACAGAAGCAGAAUGAGAACAUAGCUCAGCUUGGGGGUGAGAUCACCCAGCUCUCCAAGCUCAGCAGCCAGAUCCAGGAGACAUCUCGAAAGCCUGACCUUGACUUUCUCCAGGAAUUCCGAAACACACUAAGCAUAUGCAACAAUGUGCCUGGCCCCAAGCCAACCACAGUCUCUUCUGAGAUGAAGAAUAAAGUCUGGAAUGUUUCCCUCAAGACCUUUGUCUUAAAGGGGUUGCUCAAGAAGUUCAAAGAGGAUCUUCGGGGAGAGCUGGAGAAAGAGGAGAAAGUGGAGCUGACCCUGGACCCGGACACGGCCAACCCCCGCCUCAUCCUCUCUCUGGAUCUGAAGAGCGUGCGCCUCGGACAGCGGGCCCAGGACGUGCCCUGCCACCCACGCCGCUUUGACACCAACACGCGAGUGCUGGCGUCCUGCGGCUUCUCCUCCGGGCGGCACCACUGGGAGGUGGAAGUGGGCUCCAAAGACGGCUGGGCCUUCGGCGUGGCGCGGGAGAGCGUGCGCCGCAAGGGCCUCACGCCCUUCACCCCCGAAGAGGGCGUCUGGGCGCUGCAGCUCAACAGCGGCAAGUACUGGGCGGUGACUAGCCCCGAGCGGACGCCCCUCAGCUGUGGCCAGCUGUCCCGCGUGCGGGUGGCCCUGGAUCUGGAGGUGGGGGCUGUGUCCUUCUACGCCGCGGAGGACAUGCGACACCUGUACACGUUCCGCGUCAAUUUCCACGAGCGCGUGUUCCCCCUUUUCUCCGUCUGCUCCACCGGCACCUACCUGCGAAUCUGGCCUUGAGAAGGCUUCGUCCGCCUGCCCCAGAGGUCAGCUCUGCCUCCAGACACCUGGAUCCAGCCGGCCUGGGGUCUCUACUCAUAAAGGAGUACUGUACUCCCUCCCAGCUCAGAGAACAGCCUGGGCCAGAACUGGAAGGAGAUU